CUAACACUUCAUUUACUUAACCCUGAGUAAUUUUGUUUGAGAAUUUAGGUGAUGAAGUAGUUCUUCAUAAUGUGAAGAAAAACAAGAUUGACUAAAUUCCGGUUAUGAAAAUGGACUUGAUCGAGUAAAGAGCGGAAGUGAAAAACGUUUUUCUUUUCCUAGAAAACCUAUUUGUGUAAUAUGUGGUAAAUUUGGAGAAUAUAUAUGCAAUGAGUUGGAAAUGUCAAAGACCUGGCGACCUUGUUGAAGAUUGUUUGGUUAUGAAAUCUAAUGAGGCAUUAGAAGUGAAAAAUAAAGCUAGUUCCCUUUCUAGAGAUCUUGCUGAACUGUACAAAAGGGUCGGUGGCAGAGAGGGUGCUAUGAUUGUCCCCAUUCAUAAUGAAAAUGAAGGCUCAUUUUGUGUGCAUGGUGUUGUUGUAGAGGGAAGUAGAGUAUUAAGCAUGUAUUUUGUGUCAGAUAGUGAUAGGUUGAAGGUUACUCUAAGGGAGAUGUUCGACCUGUUCUUAUAUUCAAUGGCAUGACUGUAAUGCAUGUUGUUGUUUUGCUAAAUGAUAGUGAUUUCCAAGUGUAUUUUAAAGGUAUGCAUUUUAAAGGAGUCCCCCAAUUUCUUUUAUAAGUAUAUUUACAGAAUGAUAACAACACUUAGAUUGAAUCUUUGCUGAAGUCCGGUUAUUAAGCAGUGGGAAUUGAGAGUGAUGUUAAAGCAUUAUUCUUCAUUUUAAUUGGUGGAGUCAACAUACCAUGUCUCACUUUUGAUUCCUGUCAAUCGUAUGUUGACAUGUUCUUUGAAACCAAAGCUCGGAAAUAAAGUGUCACAUAUAUACAUAGAACUAUUAAGUGGUUUAAACUGAGAAUAGAGGAAAAGCAUGAAAUCAUUGAAGUAAUGAAGGUGUUGCACUUUGUUUCAAAUAUGAAAAAUGGAUAAGUAUUGUCAAACAUAUGUAAAAUAUAUAAAAGAUUCAAAGCUUUAUCUCCAUUUUCAAUAAGGGUGGUGAUUCUUUCAUUGAUGUCUAUAGUGUUAGUUUCAGUUCACAAUUGAAAAGUAGUAGUGGGUGGGCGAUGUUGUGGUCCAAACAUAGUUAAGGCAUCGUUAUUUUCUUGAAAAUAGGAUUCCCAGUUUUCUGCACUACCCAGAUUCUCGUUGAAGUUGUGUCCCAGGGUUCGGUGGUUAGUGUGAAUAUUUGAUUGUGUAGGUUGAUCUACAGUUGGUGCACCUUCUUUUGCAUAUACACAGGUUGACCUGUUGUGGCCUAAUUGGUUGCAUAUGUGACAUCGUUUUUUUUUUCCAUGGACAAUCUUGUUCAGCAAGAUCUUUUUCUUUUCCUUUUCCUUUUCUUGGCUCCCGACCUUUGGUCUUAACAACUUGCGGGUCUCUAAUUAUUCUUUGAUCUCGGUACUCUCCUUCUCCUGAGAUGUCUUCAUUUGGAGCUCCUGCUUCACAUUCUAGACAUAGGUUUUUGAAUUUUGAUGUCAUUUUUGUUAAAUCUUUUUUUGCCUCAUAAGUAUCUUGAUGUUUUGUUGCAUAAAUGGCCAUACCGGUGAAUACAUAAGUCAAAUUUCCCCACCUUGUUGUUUGCAAUACGUUUGUUGGGACUCUUGAAUGUGGAGCAAUGUUUAAAUUUAGUCUUGAUUUGGCGUCCUUCCUCCAACGGUCCUUUACUAGCGAUGUUGGAAUAAGGUGCAUAUUUUCAUUUUUCAUAACUGCAAAGAUGUGUCUGCAUGGUAUCCCAUCCGACUCAAACAUUAAGCAAGUGCACUUGAUGUAGGUGUGUCGUACCUCUCUAGCUGUAGUGUCCCAGAAUUUUAAAUAGCUAGAUAGUAGUAGUAGUUAGCAUAGUUUGUAGUAUGUUAAUUGCCGUGGAUUUGGGUUCAAGCCGGGACUUAGUUGGAAACUCAUAGCAACAGUUAUGGAUUCUAUAAGUUUAACUUAUAGUUUAGAAAUAUUAAAUAUAACAUAAGGUUUGAUUAAUAUUGCUGGUCUUAGAAAUAUGAUUUAUUAAAACCUAAGGUUUAGAUAGAAUUUAUAAGAGUAUGACACUUAUCAUACUCAUGUUUAUUAAGGAUUUAGGUAUUUUUGAUGAAUAGUUUAAAUAAAAGAAAGAUCCAGAAGCUCUAGAACAUUCCAUCAGCUGUUAGGAUCACAUUUAGACUCAGUCAAAGCUGUUUAAUCAAUUCAAAUUAUGCUGAAAAAGUGCAAAUACGUGUUUGAUAUAUCAACGUAUGCCGAUAUAUCGCAACUAUAUGGGUCGAUAUAUCGCCUACGGGAGAUAUGGAAAAUACGUCGACUUUGCACGAACGAAUAAACAGGACUUGGGAAAAUGGUCUAGGUGAUAUAUUGCCAGGGUAGGCGAUAUAUCGCCCCAGGUGCAUCAUUUUUGAAUCUUAAGGAUUUUAAAAUUUUAAA